GGCUCCUGGCAUUUUGCAAAAUUGUGCCCAUUCAAACAGCAUAAAUGCCGUCGAUGCCAUACUGUUGGUCACAAAGAUGGCUACUGCAAACGCAACAACCAACCCAGAUCUCGUAGUCGACCCAGACGGCGCAACAAGCUCAAGUCUUUGGGUGUUACUGCCACAUAUCAUAUUAGUACUCCAGCACCUCGCAAAUAUAUCAAUCUGACGAUUAAUACACGGCCGGCACGCCUACAAAUCGACACAGCAUCCGAUAUUACAAUAAUAUCAAAGAAAUUAUGGCAGAAGUUGGGAUGCCCUGCCAUAGAGAAGACAAAUCAGAUAGCAAUUAGUGCAUGUGGUGGAAGACUUCGAUUGAAUGGAGAAAUUAAAUGCAGCGUUGGUUUUCGCGAUAGUCAUUUCGUCGGCACAUGCUACAUCAAUAAUUCAAACCUUGACCUCUUGGGUUUAGACUGGUUCGAGAAGCUGCACCUGUCAGAGAUUCCGUUAAGCAGUGUAUGCCAUAAGAUCGAAAGUAUUGAACCCUCAACAAGAAAGCCAGAAAUCAGAGACAGAUAUAUUAAACCUAAGCCCAUUAGAAAGAAUGACGUGAUUAAUGAAAAACCAACUUCGAAUCGUCACAGUGAGUAUGGCUGCGCCAAAAGUGCUUCGAUGUCUGGUAGCAACAAAGUAGCAACUGUUAGCUCCAGUAAGAGAGGCUCUGCUCAAAAACUGAAAGUGAUGUCUGUCAUGGCAGCCAAAGAUCCGCCGCGGGAGCCACCGAGAGCAUGGCCCACGUCAAAACCAUGGUCCCGCCUACAUGUGGAUUUUGCUGGGCCGAUAGAAGGUAUAUACUACUUGGUUCUCGUGGACUCUUACUCAAAAUGGCCGGAGGUAGUACAAGUGACACCACCUUCUAGCAGCAGAACAGUAUCAGUCCUGGAAAAGAUCUUCGCAUGUCACGGUAUACCAGAAAUCAUCGUAUCUGACAAUGGCAGUCAGUUCACCUCACAAGCGUUCCAGGAAUUUUGCAAGAGAAACGGUAUACAACACGUGCGGACGCCACCUUAUCACCCUCAAUCCAACGGUCAGGCAGAAAGAUUUGUCGACACUUUCAAACGAGCCUUGUUGAAAGCAGGGGGAGGGGCGAAACCGGAAGCAAUACAAAACUUUCUUUUUGUAUACCGAACUACACCACUGGCAGAACAGAAGAAAAGCCCUGCAGAACUUCUAAUGGGUCGAAUGCUACGAACUCAUCACCACUCCAUGUUACCAUCUUCGUCACAUCAACGAAGAAAUAGUCUGACGUAUUACCGCAAGGGUGAUGCCGUCUAUGUGCGCGAUUAUCGACCGAGGAACAGAAAAUGGGCCGAAGGCUUGAUAGAAUGUCGACAUGGAACUCUAAUGUACAAGGUUAAAGUUGGGGAUGAAUGGUGGAUAAGACAUAAAAAUCAGAUACGACGUCGAUAUACUACAUCCCAAGAACCUAAAUUGCCACUGGAUUUACUACUGGAAACUUUCAAAAUACCACCAGUCAAACCAGAAGCAAAACAAGAGAUGCUACCCAGCCGACGAUCCCAGCGCAAACGAACACAAACAGUUCAUUUCCAAAUCGACCCCAAGGAAAAAAGAUACUAAACUGAUUGCAAGAUUCUUUUUUAAAGGGGGAGGUAAUAUAUACGCAGCAUAAUCAUUGAUUUCACGCAUCUGCGUGAUUAUUGAUUUAAAUUACUGAAUUCCCAAG